AUGUCCACAUCCAGGCCCCACACUCCCGCCGGCUCACGCUCCAUCCGAUCAACAACUUCCCGAGCAUCUACGGUCGCCACAGCAGUCACCGGUCUUCUCAGACGAGGAACCAAGCAACGGCGUUCGUCCAAGGACUUCACCCAAGACCCCGACUCGUCCUAUUCACGCCCAGACUCACCCGACAGCGCAUCCAUGUUCUCGAUGACGUCUUCCACCGCCGCUUAUCCCCGUGGCUCAAAUCCGAGUUUGAGAAGUGCGGGCGUGGGAGGAGCCAAGGCGCCAUCGUUGUCUUCGAGACGGACAGGUAGAUCAGGGUUGACGUCCCGCUCGUACGCGACUCCGCCCAGUUCGUAUCAUCGCCAUGGGCACACGCAUGGAUACGGAAGCGGAGUAGACUCAGAAGUGCGAAGCAAGACCGAGAGCGAAAUGAGCAUGAGCGCCGAUUUAAGCGAGUACGAUGACAAGUCCCCGGCGGAACUGAGGGAGGCAAUGGCGCGCACCGAGCGGGAAGGUCGAAAAAUGCUCGAUGCGUUCAACGGCUUGGAGCUCACCGUGCUGACCAAGUACCGCGGUGCGGGCGGAGCGAUGGGAAUGGCAGGCGUGGGAGGUGUGUCAAGCGGGGCUGGUUUAGGAUGGACGCACGUCAACCAUCCAAGCGAGAUGGGACUGAUGCCAGCGGACGGAUACGGCUAUGGCUCUCCAUCGGCUUCAACGAGACGGCGGACAGCGCGGGUAGGGGGAAAAGGCUCCAGUUCAUCAUUGCACAUUGCUGCCCCUGUGCCUGGCACACUAGGCCCAAACAACAAGGCUCGCUCGCUAUCGCUAUCCAACAACGGAGGGAGCAUCCGUUCGCGCAGUCCUCAGCCUCCGACCGUACACGAGGAAGGACACGGUUUAGUGGCGGCGGACGUCGACGCGGAUGAUCCGGAAACGGUUCAGCUUCAUAAGGAAAUGGAGGACAUCCGGCGGAGACGGGCUCAAGUUGCGCACCGAUACGAGACUCGACUUGAAAUGCUUCGAGUCAAACUCAAGAGUGCUGAGCUUAGGGACAAGGUUGCUCGAUAG